AUGACUACCAAGCUUUGGCUUAUUUCGAAAACGCUUAGCACGGAAAACAGUUUCGAUCGUUUGACUGGGGAGCCGGUGGAGCCUGAGAUGGAAGAUCCUGAUGUUAUCGCUGCUCGUCAAGAGCAAGAGAAACGUCGCAAAGACAAGCAUCGGAGAAUGGAGGCUGAUCGUGAGCGCAUGCGCCAACAAAUCCGUAACAAGUACAACUUGAAGAAGAAAGAGGAGGCUCGUGAGCAAGAGAUCGCUGGUCGUAUUGCUGGAAACCGCAAGACGCCAGAACAGGUUGCUCUUGAGACUCUUAACGCGGAAGAGGAUGACGGUAUCAUGACCGCCAUCAAUGAUACCUACGAGAAAGCGAAGAGUACUGUCGCGUCCGCCUGCUCCACCAUGAAGAACGUCGUGUCUCUCUGGAAGACCUAA